GAACUCCCCAAGCCGAAGCGGGCCCGUUUCAUUCAACAUCGGUCAGGCAAGCCAGCAAGAAGCCACGCGUAGUGUGUGUGAUUGAAAUCACAAGUGCGAACAAAAGCAAAAAGCAAAGGAAGAAAACUUCACACAGGGAAGUAAAAGCAUCAGCCAGCCCUCGUUUCCACGCCACUGUGAGUGAGUGAUCAGAAAAAAAGCGGAAUCCAAGUUUUCCCAGCGCGCGCCCAUCGAAGGCAGAGCUUACUUUUCUUCUCCGUGUAAAUUUUGUUUAUCGUAUGUCCAUCCAGAAUCUAAAUACAUUCGACCCAUUUGCGGAUGCAAUAAAGGGUGCUGAUGAUGAUGUACAAGACGGACUCGUGCACAUAAGAAUCCAGCAGAGAAAUGGUCGCAAAACACUAACCACUGUCCAGGGCCUGUCAGCGGAGUACGACCUGAAGAAGAUCGUGCGAGCAUGUAAGAAG